GAGGAGCACUCGAACACAACACGAAACCUCACCAACUGUCAUGGCGUCUCUCUUGAAGGGGGUUUGGUACUGGAGAAAGUAGCCGCUGUCAUUUAUCAGUUUUCACCUGCGCGCAGAGCAGCGAGUACCGACUUAAGAGGCUUUUAGAAGCGGGUAGUCACCAUGGGGACUGUCCAUGCUAAGAGUCUAGAUCCUCUCCCAAUGCACGGCCGAGACUUGGGCGUCAACCCCGAUGACUUUGUGGAUGCUCCAGAGCCAGAGCAGGAGGCCAAGCAGGAGAUCCUGGAAAACAAAGAUGUGAUCGUCCAACACGUCAACAUCCAGGGUCUGGGGAGAACUAAAGAGGAUCUGCUGGGCUAUGAGAUCUCUGACGUUUUCCACGCCAAAAACCUCAUCGAUGUGAUGAAAAAGGCUCACGUCGCCAGACAGAGGCUGCUCCGCCUGGGGAUUUUUAAAGAUGUGGAGGUGCUUAUCGAUACAUCUGAAGGUGUGGAUGCCUUACCCAAUGGUCUGGAUGUAACUUUUGAGGUGACAGAGAUAAAGAGGCUGACAGGAAGCUACAACACCAUGGUCGGCAAUAAUGAAGGAAGCAUGGUGCUGGGUGUGAAGCUGCCCAACACUCUGGGUCGAGCUGAGAAACUCACCUUCCAGUUCUCCUACGGGACGAAGGAGACGUCCUACGGCCUGUCCUUCUUCAAGCCCCAGCCCGGACACUUUGAACGCAACCUCACCCUAAACAUGUACAAAGUCACCGGCCAGUUCCCAUGGAGCUCCUUAAAAGAGACCGACAGAGGCUUGUCUGCAGAACUAAACUUUCCUCUCGGGAUGACCAGCCACACGCUGAAGUGGGAGGGUGUAUGGAGGGAGCUGGGCUGUCUGGCACGCAGCGCUUCCUUCGCCGUGCGAGAGGAGAGCGGACACUCGCUGAAAUCUGCCCUCUCGCACACCGUGUCGAUCGAUUCAAGGAAUUCUGCCAUCUUCCCCAGCAGAGGUGCCUUACUGCGGAUCAACCAGGAGCUGGCCGGGUACACAGGAGGAGAUGCCAGCUUCUUGAAAGAGGAUUUUGAGCUGCAGGUCAACAGACGGCUCUUCUGGGACUCAGUCUUGUCUGCAUCUCUGUGGGGCGGGAUGCUUUAUCCCAUCGGAGGACAGCCGUCCUGUAUCGCUGACAGGUUUUACCUCGGAGGUCCCACUAGUGUACGAGGAUUCGGGAUGUACAGCAUCGGGCCACAGAGUGAAGGUGACUAUCUGGGUGGAGAGGCAUACUGGGCAGGCGGUCUGCACCUCUACACCCCACUGCCCUUCCGACCAGGGAAGGGGGGCUUCGGAGACCUUUUCAGAACACAUUUCUUCCUCAACGCUGGCAACCUGUGCAACCUCAACUAUGGUGAUGGUCCCCGGGCGCACCUUCAGAAGUUAGCUGAGUGUAUUCGCUGGUCAUACGGAGCGGGCAUUGUGCUGCGCCUGGGAAACAUCGCAAGACUGGAACUCAACUACUGCGUGCCCAUGGGAGUUCAGAGUGGAGACAGGAUAUGUGAUGGAGUCCAGUUUGGAGCGGGAAUUCGCUUCCUGUAAUGUCAUCACUCCACUGCCCCCAGUAUUCAGUACUCCAGCAGAGGCUGUGAUGUGAAAAGGGAGAUCGUCUUGUCAUUUGUCACCUGUAACUUGUUGUAGAGUGUAACACUAGCAUGGGUCCUAUGUCCUGGGGAAAUGUGCCUGACCCCCCAAACCCUCCUUUGAUACACACAGUUUGAAGUCGAGGUGCCAGUGUUGGAAAACCUUUUUACAAACACUCUUUCACCCAUUUUCAUUUGAGAGUUAUUUCCUUAGCAACAAUCACAAGGAACUUUUAUCAAUUAUACAAUCAUGGUGAAUCCUACAGCAUGUCAGGAAUGGUCUCUUAAUUCAACAGACCAUUGAAUUAUAGUUUUAAUUGGAGACACUUCUCCUCUUCCCAUAGUAGAGAUGUAGUUCAGGAACUCUCCAGCAUUGGCACCUCGUCUGUGCAAAAGUCAUCUAGCAGUGAUUUCACCCACUGUGUUCCCUGUGGUGACACAAAGUAAAUUAUUUUCCAGAAUGUUAAGAGAUUUUUGGUAUGUUCCCUGUUUGCCUUCCAGGAUGACUUUUGUUUGACAGUUAAAUGCGCACCACACACUCUCGUGACCUGUUGAAUAUCUAUCGAUUUUGUGCUGCGUGAUUGAAUGAUUGCAGCAGCAGCGAGGGAAUGAACCAAGAGAAACCAGCACUUUUUAAAUCAGAAUGGAAAGGGAGGUGUAAGAAAGGAACGGACCCUCGUGCCAAAGCGGUCCGUUGUGAUGAGAAGAACAGCGGUUUGAUCUCUCGGGCCAGCAGCAGAGAUGGAACCACAACCCCCCCUGCACCCCCCCCACACACCCCUCCCUGAGCAACAUCCACCACCAGUGCUCUUACUGUUAGUCUUUUUUUGAUGUUGUUGAAGCUGUUUUGUUCUGUACACAAAUAAAUCACAGCUGCUCCCCUG